CGUCUCGGGGCCGAAAGAAACCUGCAUCACACUUUUGGCCAUCAUUUCAGCACGCCAUCCCGCGGGGCCAAGGGAGGGACAGAGCACAUCAAAAUGAGCAUCCCCGGGGCGAGCGGUGGCCCGGAGAGAUCCCGGGACCGGCGGAGGUCCAGCGACCGGUCCCGGGACUCGUCCCACGAGAGAGCCGAGUCCCAGCUAACGCCCUGCAUCAGGAACGUGACCUCGCCCACCAGGCAACACCACCACCACCACCACCACCACCACCACGUCGAGCGGGAGAAGGAUCACAGCUCGUCCCGGCCCAGCAGCCCUCGGCCUCAGAAGGCGUCCCCGAGCGGUUCCAGUAGCAGCGCGGGGCUCAGCAGCCGCAACAGCAGCCAGUCGAGUUCGGACGGGGGCUGCAAGACGGCCGGGGAGCUGGUGUUCGUCUACGAGAACGCCAAGGAGGGGCCGCGCAGCGUCCGGACCUCCGAGCGCGUCACGCUCAUCGUGGACAACACCAGAUUCGUCGUCGACCCGUCCAUCUUCACCGCGCAGCCGAACACCAUGUUGGGCAGGAUGUUUGGAUCUGGCCGGGAACACAACUUCACGCGUCCCAACGAGAAGGGGGAGUUUGAGGUGGCCGAGGGGAUCAGCUCCACGGUUUUUCGGGCCAUUCUGGACUACUACAAGUCUGGAAUAAUCCGCUGCCCCGAUGGGAUAUCUAUUCCGGAGCUGAGAGAGGCGUGCGACUACCUCUGUAUCUCCUUUGAAUACAGUACCAUUAAAUGCAGAGAUCUCAGCGCCCUGAUGCAUGAGCUGUCCAACGACGGGGCUCGCCGGCAGUUCGAGUUCUACCUGGAGGAGAUGAUUCUCCCCCUGAUGGUGGCCAGCGCCCAGAGCGGCGAGAGGGAGUGCCACAUCGUGGUGCUGACCGACGACGACGUGGUCGACUGGGACGAGGAAUACCCCCCGCAGAUGGGCGAGGAGUACUCACAGAUUAUCUACAGCACCAAGCUCUACAGGUUCUUCAAGUACAUCGAAAAUCGGGAUGUGGCCAAGUCUGUCCUGAAGGAGCGCGGCCUUAAGAAGAUCCGGCUGGGGAUAGAAGGCUACCCGACCUACAAAGAGAAGGUGAAGAAGCGGCCGGGGGGCCGUCCGGAGGUGAUCUACAACUACGUGCAGCGCCCCUUCAUCCGCAUGUCCUGGGAGAAGGAGGAGGGCAAGAGCCGCCACGUGGACUUCCAGUGCGUCAAGAGCAAGUCCAUCACCAACCUGGCGGCCGCCGCGGCCGACAUUCCCCAGGAUCAGCUGGUGGCCCUGCACCCCGCGCCCCAGGUGGACGAGCUGGACAGCCUCCCCCCGCACCCCGCGGGCGGCCACGAUGGGGAGCCCGACGGCCCGGGGCCCGCGCUCUGACCGGCCGGCCCGCCCGGCGGAAACCCCGUCUGCUGCUCGGCUCGGAGGGGGUAGCGACGGGGGAGGGUGCGGCCGUGUGGCUGGGGGCUUGGC